GGGCCAGCAUGGUGGAGAAGCGCUGCCCGCGGCUGCAACGCGAGAGCGUCUACCGCUGGUUCUCGGAGCUGCCUUCCCCGCAGCGGGUGGAGUUCCUGUGCGGCCUGCUGGACCUCUGCAUCCCGCUGGAGCUGCGCUUCCUGGGCGCCUGCCUGGAGGACCUGGCCCGCAAGGACUACCACUCGCUGCGCGACUCCGAGAUCAAGGCCAACAACGCGGCCGACCUGGGCGGCCUGACCAACCUGACGGACGAGGUGGUGCGCAGCAAGCUGCUGGUCUCGCUGGCGCUGCUGGGCUCGUCGCACCGCGAGGCGGCCGGCGUGCUCUUCCGCACCCUCACGCACCUCGACUCGGUCAUCCACAACUACGGGCUGCAGCUCAACGAGGGCCGCACCGGCGAUGAGUUCCUGCUGCUCUUCACCAUGGCCUCCAACCACCCGGCCUUCAGCUUCCACCAGAAGCAGGUGCUGCGGCAGGAGCUGACCAAGAUCCAGAGCCUCCUGGCCUGCACCGCCAAGGGACCCCCCGCCGCCAACGCCGCCCCCGGCACGGCCGCAGCGGCCGCCACCUGCCCUGGGUGCCACAAGGUCACUCCGAGAUCUGAGACCCCCAUAAACCACGUGGUGGGUAACAGUUUAGAGAAUGCACUCCACACAUCAGCACAUUCCAUUGAGGAGUCAUUGCCUAAGAGGCCUUCAGGGAAGCACUCCAAAGUGAGCGUCGAAAAGGUGGAAUUAAAGGGAUUAUCACACAAGAAGAAUGAUAGGAUUGCUGAAUAUUCUUUUGAGGUCUUAUGGUCUGAUUCCUCAGUGACCGUGGUAACAAAGUCUUCUGCCGAAGUGACCGAUUUCAUUUCAAAGUUAGGUCAGUUGUGCCCAGAAGAAAAUUUGGAGAAAUUCAUUCCUUUUCUAACUGGUCCAGAUUCGUUUUACUUAGAAAGAAGCCAUAUGGACUUGGAAUCAGACCUGAGGUAUUUGGCAUCCUUACCGUCCCAUAUCUGGAAAAAUGACCACGUCAAGAAAUUUUUCAGCACUUCAUGUCACUCCCCACAAUAUCAAAGUUCAAGUCCCAGCAAUUCUUCCCUUUACAAAGUGGGUACGAUGCUGGGUGCUUCCGGAAGGCCCGUCUGUGGGGUUGCAGGUGUCCAGGCCGCCCCGAGUAGCCUUCAGCAUCACCUGCCCCAUCCGUCCGCAGCAGCCGUCGCCCUCUCCCACUGCUCUCAUUCAGGCGGGGCCGGACCCACGUUAACCUGUAGCCGCGGCCAGAUGGAAAACCCCUCCCCUGUUUUGAUGGCUCCGAGUCCGCAAAACCCUCAGGCCCAGGAGCAGAAUGGGAUUUUAGACUGGCUGCGAAAACUGCGCUUGCACAAAUACUACCCGGUUUUUAAGCAGUUGACGAUGGAGAAGUUCUUGAGCCUCACCGAAGAAGAUCUUAAUAAGUUUGAAACACUCACCAUGGGAGCAAAGAAGAAACUCAAGACCCAGCUGGAAUUGGAAAAAGAAAAGUCAGAGAAGCGGACCAUGAACCCAGCCCCCUCCCCAUCCGUCAGCUCUGGGGUGGCCAGAGUUCCUCCCACCACUCACAUCAACCCCAUGCAGAACAUUCGUGGGAACCAUGCCACAGAGCUGCACGUGGACGUGGAUCAGGGGGUCCCCACCAUGCCCCCCCGUGAAGGCAGUUCCUCGGAGUCCUCCAGCUCGUCCUCCAGCCCCAUGGGCAUGCAGCCCCGGGAAGAAAGCUCGGACAGCGCCGAGGAGAAUGAGAGGCGUGUGGAGAUCCACCCGGAGCCCCCGGAGAAGGAGAAGCCGGUCAUGAUCCUGAAUCACUUCGGCUCCAGCUCGGCCCGGCCCACCGCUCAGGUUUUGCCCGUACAGAACGAGGCGGGGUCUAGUCCGACGGCUCACCACCCCUUGCCAGGACAGAUGACGGCCGCUCCGAUUCGAAUAUUAAACUCUAUGCACAAACCCGAGCGUGGAAAUGCCGACCUGAAGCUCCUUUCUUCCCCUAUGCACCCGCUUUUACCUUUAGAGGACAGGACAAAGUUCUCAGGCGGGCCCACUCCGAACAGCGUCAAGAUGGAGAAGAGCUUUGGAAACGCCCUGGCGGAUCGCAUCCUGGCGCCUCCGCAUCAGCCCCUCCAGGUGCUCUCGGCGGUCCCCGAAAACGGCCCCUCCGCGCCUUCCAUUCAUUUUGGGCCCCGAUCCAAAUUGGUCCACGCGCCCACACUGGACCGACUGGUGAAACCGUCCCAGCCCCCGGGCAUCCUGGCGGAAACCAGCGCCACAGCCCCGGUCACCUCGAGCACGGUCUUCCACCUGGCACGGCCCCCCAUCAAGCUGCUGGUCUCCUCCUCCGUGCCCACCGAUGCCGCCCUGGCGGGGCAGCCGCCCUGCUCCAACAGUAUGCAAUUCAGCGUCUCCCCAGCAAUAAUCAGCCCUCGGACGGCUCUGUACACCGCCAACACCAAAGUGGCCUUUUCCGCCAUGAGCGGCAUGCCGGCGGCCCCCAUGCCCAGCAGCACCUUCUGCGCAAACAGCAACCCUGCCGCGUCUUCCAGCAGCCACCUGGCCACCUCCUUCGCCAACCUGGGCAGCCUCCCCAGCUGCCCCGCUCCCAGCUCCAGCCCCACCCUGUCCUCGGCUGCAGAGAGCAGCUUCUACGGCGGGGGCGGCUCCACAGGGAACAUGCCUGUCCCCAACCAGAACAACCACCAUCACCACCACCACCACCAGCAGCACCAACAGCAGCAGCAGCAGCAUCAACAGACGCCCGGCUGCAUGGUCUGCAGUUCCUGCGGCUGCAGUGGGAACUGUGGCUCCAGCGGCAUGACUGUGAGCUACACGAACUACUUCCAGCACCCCUUUUCAGGGCCGUCCAUGUUUACGUUCCCCUUCCUGCCCUUCAGUCCCCUGUGCAGCAACGGCUACGUCAACCCCCAGCAGUACAACAGCAGCUCGGCCUUCCCCAUGGUCCACUCUCCAUAUGGUGGCGGCGGCGGCCCCACGCCGGACUCCCUCAUGAGCGGACAGUCCACCUUUGCGGUGCCCCCCAUGCAAAGCUUCAUGGCCGGCACCGCAGGGGUGUACCAGGCCCAGGGGAUGGUGAACAACAGCGGUAGCUCAGGACACAAGAAGCCCGGGAACCUCUCCUGCUACAACUGUGGAGCCAGCGGCCACCGAGCUCAAGACUGCAAGCAGCCACCGAUGGAUUUCAAUCGACAAGGUACAUUUCGGUUAAAAUACGCUCCCCCGGCUGAGAGUUUAGAGUCCACGGACUGAGCUUAACUUCAGAUGCAAUAUUUUGUGGUGGCAAAAUGGCCAUGAAAUAACUAGGGAACUUCAGAUUGGGAGUCUAUCCGUUGAGCUUAUUAAUGUUAUUUUUUUAAUCCAAAGGUGCUCUACUUCAACCCUAGGAAGGAACUGAAACACUAGGAAGGGGGGGGGCGGGGGGGGGCUUCCAAGCCCAUUUUUUUCCCCCCUGAAUUGCCAAAACAGAUUUUAACGUUGGAUCUCCCCGAAGAGAGGCGAGACUGGCCAACUGUCUUUUCUUGUUGUAUAGAAACUGCUGCACUUUUGCCGAAGAAUGUUGCCAUAAUUUCACCUUCCAUGCUGGAAAAUUAAAACUCCUGGGCAGCUACAUUAGAAUCUGGAGUUGGAGUGAGAGCCAAAGGCCGGUGGUGCAGCUGCUGCCAUUCACCUGCCGGACUCUUAACCUCGGAAGCUAGUUAAAACAUAUCUCCUUUCCCCCGCCCCCCGCCACUUCCUCUCAAAAUAAAUCAGGCACUACACUCUGGGAUUUUAAAGGGUUGCACUACGGAAGAAUGUAUAAUUCUGUUCUGACUAUCUGCACUUCUAGCAAACUGAGGUCAGGGGAAGAGAUGUUGGGAACAGGCACCAGCAGGCUACAUGGUCAUCUAAUAAAGGAAAAAAACUUAACCCUCUUUUUCUUCCCAAAGAACAGAGGUGAAUGCUUCGUUCUGGAAACAGUUACACCACGUUGGUCAGCGAUUCCUCUUAAUGUAGGACUAACUUACCAGCGGUGGGUUAAACUUAAGUCUCCAAGGGUCUAGUGCCAGAGACUCCAUGGUAUUUUUUUUUUUAAUUACAAUUUAAGGAAGUGUUAACAAUUCAGCGGUUUCUGCCAUAGGAAAUGGUGUUCUGCAUCUGUAAUAAAUUUUAAAAUUCAGACUCUUCCAGGAAUUUGUUGGGUUUAGAAGGCACAGCGUCAAAUACCAAUUACAGUAGCAUACCGUUUCAUUACUUAGGAAAGUUUUAUAGUUUUGACUCUUUCAUUCAAUGCGGGCUAUAAAAAAAUUCAGCUUUGGUAGCUAAGUAGCAGCCAGUAGUGCUUAUCCAAAGGGGUUCAAACAAUGUGGAUUUUUACCUGUCAAAGAGAAGCAACGUGUUUUAAGAAUUCAUUCUCCCUGCUGCGCUCCUUGCUUCGUCAUCUGGGCUGCCUCAACUUCGAGUCAUGUAGGACAGGAUUGGCUGGGUCUCCCCAUUUUUUAAUGUGCUGCUUUGUAGUAGAAAAGAGGCUCCCCUCUGAACAGCAGGAGUGGCAGUGUUAAACAUCGCACUCUGUUUUCUGCAAAGUGGUGGUGAAUUCCCAUCCUGGGCUGGUCUAUUGUCUUGGACGCUGGUUGAUAUUCCAACAGGCCUGCAUCUGAUAUCCGUUAUUUCUAUGCAGUGGAGUAUUAUUCAGUUUCCAUCUCCUCACUUCGGCUUCACCAAAACAGGGUUAGAUGGGUGUGAGACAAGACUUGUGUUAGUUGAACUUUAUUCACUCCGAUAAUAACAUAGCUGCUGUUAAAAUCAAUGUAACGUGUGCAAUUCAUUUUGUAGUGCCCUGAAUGAUUGAGGCUGCUGCUAUACAUGGUCCCGUUAGGAAAAUUUAAAAAAGAAACUCUAUUCAAAGUGGAUGGGAACUCAGCAAUUUAUGUGGCCUUAAUGAUCUUGCCAUGAGUAGAAGCAACCUGUUUUGGUUAUUACAUCUUUCAGUAUGUUUACUUUUAAAGCUGAAAAUACUUCUAGUAGUUUGAAAUACAUGCUAAGAGCCAAAUGUCCAUU